UGAAACCUAUAUUUGGCUACAAUAUUAAUUCAGCCCUUCUUUAAUAGAUUGUAAAAACGAUUAAAACCGGAUGCAUGUAUAUAAAAUUUAAACGGACUAAGAAAAACACUCAAAAGCAGUAGAAAGUAGAUAAGUGUUACCAAUAAACCAGACUUCCAUUGCGAACUGUUUUAAUUACUAAAAAAGUGAGUGCAAGAAUUCCACAGCGAAGUAUAAAUUGUUAAAAAGUCAAUAAGAGUAAUAACAGCUCAACUAAAUUCCAUAAAUGCAGCAAAACCACAAACAUCUUUAAAAGUGGAAACAGCCACAGCAAGAACAUCAGAUAAAGCUAAAUCAUAACCAUCAAGAAGGAUUAAUAGCAUCAGCAGCUAUGGUGAGAACCACCGCAGCAAAAGUAGAAUCUACAGCAACAACGAAAAAGACAUACCGUCGAUCAAUCAUAACGCCAAAUUGGUUGGAAAACCCACAAGACGAUACCAAGAUGGCCUAUAGCAUCAGCCACAGCAGCUCCACAAGUAAAAUCAACAGCAACAGCAACAGCAGCAAAAAUAGUCACCAGACAACUGCUCACAACCACAAACACUGCGUGCGAAAUCGGCACAGUAGGGCAGUGCCAGUAAAAAAUUCAUCUGCAACAAGAGCAUCUUUAGCUGCAGCAGCCACAGCAUCAACAACACUUCGCCAGCGUAUACGAAUGAUGCUUAGCGGUUUCCACUUGUCCACCAAACUGUGUCCGAUAGCGCUAUUUAUCAUCAUCCUGCUGGCAACUGAAUAUGUGACGCCCGUAGAAAUGGCAGACAUGUAUGAAAGUACGACGCCAAUGCAGCAGUCGAGCAAUGACCGCAACUCGUCUUUCAGCGAACAUAACAGCACAGCGAGUGCAAUUAUGGCAACCAAUUGGCAAGAGUUCGAUGCGACAAACAACAGCAGCUUCAGUUGGAGCAAUCACAGCCACGGUAGUGCCAGCGAUCUCGACAGAGACAAUGGUCGCACUGCUAAUGGCGGUGAUUCAAUUUUCUUGCGUUUUGUAAAACGUUUCUCAACCGGCAACGAAUUGUGGGAUGACAUUAUACGCGAUUGUUAUCAACAGCCUACCUUUAGUUGCUUUCAGAAGAAUGUUUUCACCUACCUUAAUGGUGCACUUGAUGUGCACGAUGUAAAUAUAACGCAGCAUCUGAAAUUCUACCGCAAUCAUGUGGAUUAUGCGGAUAUGCAACAUGAACCGACGGAGGCGGCAGCAGCGAAGGAUAGCAUGGAUGGUUCGGCAGAGGCUGAUGAUGAACAUUUGCUCAACAACGAGAUACCCCACGAGGAAGGGCGCGCAGAAACAGUUACCGACACAUCUGAAACACCCAUUGAAGAGGUAACCAACGCGCUCUAUGGCAAAAGCAUUAAAUUCGCCAUGACACAUGAUCUGGAAGUGAAGUUGCCAGAGGUGAUGUUCGAUGGUGCCACUUUUCGUAUCUCACCGCGUUCAUUUGAAGGCAAUGGCAUUAUUGCAAAACUGGAAUUGAUACCGAAACAGGAGGUGGAGGCGCGUUUGGCUGGGAAAAUUAUUAUGAAGAAAAUUCAAAAAUUUAUACGCAGCAAAUUAUUGCUAUCAUUCCUGGCGCUCUUGCUCAUUAUAAAAAUCAUCAAAAUCAAAUUAUUCUGGCUGUUGCCGCUGAUUAUUGGUGUUGGCGCAGCUAAAAAGUUACUGCUCAAAUUUCUGCUAUUCCUCUUCCCAGCUUUGUCUCAUCUCUUCAAGCUAUGCUCCUACUAUCAACAAACAUAUCAUUCGACUAAAUAUCAUCAUCACCAUCACCUUAUCAACCAUCAUCACACGGUUGUACCAGCAUGGCAUGCGCCCGAACAUCAUUCCAUACCGGAAAUCAUUUAUACUCAACCACCAAAGGGUCACCCUUCUACUUAUCUACACGGCGCACCGAUACACGAGACCUACGGCCCAUAUUCGCUAGAGCACAAUGAGGGUAACUGGGAAAAUUCAGGACCGGGGUUGGGAUCAGAUUAUAUUGGCGAAAUACAUCGAGCAGCCCAAGUCGAUGAAAAUUCAAAUUAUUUCAAACCGAAUGCCAACAACGAUGCCAAUGAGAUACUUGUUUGGGGUUUGGGCACUACACAACCAACCAUUACUCAAUUGCAACAGCAACAGCAACAGCAACAACAACAACAACAUAAACAACAUCAUCAAAGGUAUCGGCCGAUGGCACAGCAAUCACCUACACUACAACAACAACAACAAGCACAGCGUCCGCCAUCACUUGUACAACAACAGAAAUUGCAAUUACAACAACAGCAACAACUCGUACAACAAAAACUGAAAACACAACAGAAACAACAACAAACACAUAACCUUCAGAAACCACACGCCACUAGUCAUAGCUUUAAUCCAUUUUUCAAUGGUGAAAAUAACUCCAAACAAAGCAUAUUUGCCACUAAAUUAAAAAAUCCGACACUUGCACAAUCCGCGCCAAAUCCAGUCUAUGCACCACCGCCGCCACCACAUCCGCAACAGCCGUCAGCCGAGGCGUUAACCGCAGCCGCACAUAUAGCCGCUCAAUAUGAUCCGGCUCGCAAUAGUCUCGCGCAACAACAACAAAAGCAGGAUCAAAUUAAGCAACAGCAGUUGCAGCAAUUGCUACAACAGCAACAACAGCAGCAAAUGUCGCCGGAACUAGCUGCACAAAUCAAGGAAGCGCUUCGCAUACAGGCCGAGCAGCGCAUCAUUUCACAACAGCAACAAAUACUCGAGAAACAGCCGUUCGUACAAGAUGGCCAGCCAAUUAUGCCAAAGAACUACGAUGCCUUCUACAGUCCCAUUCUAUUAAAAAUUGAUAAAAUCGUGGAACAACUUGGCGUCACGGACGAUCUCUGCAAGGAGCGACUCAUCUGCAGCAUGUACAAAGAUCCAACACGAUAUAGUCCGCAUAGUAAUUUUGUGUCAGCGGAACUGAGUCGUGAUACAAGUGAAUUACAGCCCGUAUCGAAUCCGAAUGGCGCUGUUUUGCGAUUCUAUCGUUUCAUACAAGCAGCUCGUGAUGGCCAGGAUCAAAGAGAUUGUUUACGUUUAUAUCCGCAAUGCAGCAUUAAUACGGAAUGAGUUGUGAGCGAGUUUGAGACAGCGAAGCAUAGAUAUGAAUGACACAAAAUCGAUUUGUAACCGAAUUCAAUUUGAGGGCCUAUAAUGCGUGCGACGCACUCACUACGCCUUGCAGCAUUUUAGGUGCAGAAAUUACCAAAACACUAAAUUGCUAUCAAGCAGCACUGCAUUAGUCAAUAAACACUAGACGACAAAUGAAAGUUUACACCUUUUUCUAAUAUAAUAUU